AUGUCUUCGAGAACAAUAUCUGCUCCGAAGAUACGAAGUAUUAUGGAAAAAGCUGCAAUGUAUACCAUGAAUGUAAUUGAGAUCUUCGACGAAAAUAUUUGUGAUCUUAUAAACAACAUAUGUUCGAGUAGUCAAAUGCCGCCAGAAUAUGUGAUUACACUGUUGCUUCCUGCUAUAGGACAUUUUCUUAACGGUAGCCAAAUUCGAACAAAUACUGGGACGACAACAAACAUUCCUUUUUUUACUACAAUCAUUGGAUAUCCUAGCGUCAAUAAAUCAAGUGCAACAGAAGCCAUUCUUAGCGCAUGUCUAGCUAUUGAAAAGCAUAUCGGAAUAAAACCAGAAGAAAGUCGAAUUAAUUGUAGUGCUACUGUAGAGUCUCUUUUAACUGAAUUAAAGAAUACAUCUCCAAAACUGAUUCAAAUUUGGGAUGAAGCCGCUACCCUUCUUCAAUCUUUUGGUUUAUACAAGCAAGGUGGUGCAGCUUAUGAUCGAUCAAUCAUGUGUACGCUUUAUAAUUCAUCUUCAGUUGUCAAACGGCAAACAAAAUCAGGUAAUAUCACUGUUGAAAAUCCUGUUCUCAAUAUUGCUGCAGCAGCACAUCCAGUUGAUAUUUUCUCUUGUGUGUCUGGCGAAGGUGAUGAUGAUGGUUUAAUGGCUAGGUUUUUAUUCUCAGUUCCUCAACCUUGUAUUCCUUUAUCAUCUGAAAUAAAACUACUUGAUAUUGAUGAACCAAGUUUCACGCAUUUGCUGUAUAUUAUAUAUUGUUUUAACAUGUUGGAGCCGUGCGAUGUUCGACGAAACGAUGAUUAG